AUGGGAACUCGCAAUUCCAGAAGCCCUCCUCUCUACGUUGGAGUCACCCGGUGGAGGAGACGCCUGUCUCCUGAAACUCUUGAGCUGAUACGCCAGCGUGGAGCUGAACGAGCCGCAGGGAACCAAGAACUCACGGCCGAGCUCGCAAGGCUUUGCAGAGAGGUGUUAAACCAAGACCUUAAAGAGAGAAGAGCAGAAGUGCUGGCUGAGGCUGCAAAGGCGGGGAAAAGCAUCCGCUAUGCCCGUCGAGACUUCGCCAGUCGCAAGACGAGGAUGACUGCUCUCCGAAACCCAAAGGGAACAGCCAUUGCAUCGAAAAAGGGGAAGGAGAAAAUCAUCAUCACGGCUUCUACUCUGAUCUCUUCGACAGCCAUGUCUACUACCCACCAUCUGAGGGAAGACGGACAUGUCAUUCCAGAGGUUCCUAAACAGUGGAAGACCACCAAGUCCGUGUUGUUGUAUAAAAAGGGAGAUCCACAUGACAUCGGCAGCUAUCGCCCAAUCUGCUUACUGUCCGUCAUCUACAAGCUCUUUACAAGAGUGAUCCUCAAUAGGAUUGAAAAAGUCUUGGAUGAAGGGCAGCCAUGCGAACAAGCAGGGUUUCGAAGAGGAUUCAGCACGGUUGACCACAUUCACACUGUUUCGAAACUCAUCGAGGUAUCACGAGAGUACAAGAUGCCGCUCUGUCUUACCUUCAUAGACUUGAAGAAGGCCUUCGACUCAGUUGAGACGGAAGCGGUCGUGGAAGCCUUGGGCAACCAAGGCGUCCCUACUCAGUACAUAAAGGUACUUCGAGAGUUGUACAGUAACUUCACGACCGGGAUUUCGCCAUUCUACAAGAACAUCAUCACUGACGUGAAGAGGGGGUUCCGACAGGGUGAUACAAUUUCACCCAAAAUAUUCACAGCCACCCACGAGAACGCAAUGCGAAAGUUAGAAUGGGACGACAUGAGAGUGAAGGUUGAUGGUCGGCAGCUACACCAUUUGCGUUUUGCUGAUUACAUCGUACUGAUAACAUCCAGCAUCAGCCAAGCGGAACGAAUGCUGACCAAAUUCGACGAAACAUGUGGAUGCAUCGGUCUUCAGCUGAAUCUACAAAAGACGAUAUUCAUGCCGAACAGAUGA